AUGGAGCAACUCCGCCCCAAUUAUGACCCCGAGGCUGUCAGGAAGGCGAUCGAGAGUUCUGGGAUGUACUCUGCUCAGAACGCUUCCCCCGAUAUGACCGACAUGAGCGUGCCUAUUACGCUGAGUGUCUUUAGCAGCACAUAUUUGUUUUCGACCAACGGCGUGGCUGAGAUGACCCUGAAUUUGUCUAAGACCAACUGGGCGAGCAGGAUCAGCGAGUUUUGGCUUGGGCUUAUGAGGUGUCAGCUGACCAGCUUGGUCUUGACGAGAUCGAGGGAUUCUGCGUCCCCUUACUUCCAGUCCUCGGUGCCGCUACUCGAUUUCCUGCUUGUGAACCGACAACUCCAGUCACUUCGAGUCGAGAGUGCCCAGGGGUUGCUGAAGGACAUCAAGCCGGCGUUUCAGAUCCACCCAUUUGCUCGGUUGAGGGUUCUGGAUGUUACCAUUGACACAAACAAGGAUGUCGAGGAUAUUAAGCGGGCGUUGGCGAUGUUGGUCGGUAGUGCGACAGGGCUGCGGAAACUCAGGAUUGCAUGGAACGAUUUGAACCAGGGAGAGUGGUCGACUCAGGUGGUCGUUGUCAAGACUGGCGAGGAAGAGAUCUCGAUGACGGUCCAGGACGGGAACUUCCAGGAUGUAGAUCUCAAGGUCGCCACGAUGGCUAUAGCGGAGAAGCACCCGAUGAUGUGGUUGAAGGCCCUGCGGACGCUGACGAUCAAGGAUCGGGAAAUACUGGAUUCUGCAGAGAUGCAGACCAACUUAAAGUGGAUCAUGGGCCUUAACCCCCUGUUGGCGACGCUGCAUCUGGAAUGCUGGGCUAUUGAGUUCCAGACUGCCGAGGAGACAGUCAAGAGUGUUGUCCAGGGUGUGCCCUGUGGGUUGACCAAGGUCGUUCUCAAGGAUUCUCUUGUCGGCGAAGAGGACGGGAUCGCCGAUGAGCUAACACUGACAUUCGACCUCGCCAAACUCACAUCUCUAACCGCAACAACAGCAUCACCUCCCAUGCGACUCCGGAACAACGACGACAGCUCCUCGAUAAUCCACGCAGAAGUCCGUGCACCCUUGCACGAACCCUAUUAUUCAUUAACCCGAGCCGUAGGCGACAACUCCCUCUUCUACCUCAACUAUGGCCACGCCAUCCAAAACAUGCACCUCGGCAAUUUGCGUUUCCAAGAACUAUACCAGUACCUCGAGUCCAUCCAAGUGGGCUACAAACGGACACACCUCACCUGUCCGGCAAUCCACGGCUUCUGGUCCGAACUCUCCAAGGUGCUCGAACGAACGAAAACAUCCCUCAAACUUCUUGCGGUGCAGAGGCUCAAUACUGCCGGUAGCACUGUUGCUGGUGUCCCGCAAAAGACGCUGAUUGUCAAAUCGCGAAUCACAGAGUUCUUCAGAGGGGAUAGGUUGGUGCUGGUUCAUCAGGACGAUGUUUCGGAUGAUGAAGUGAAGGAGUUGAUGGCCCCUUCGAGGUGUGUGGUUACCUUUGCGCGCGACCAUGGAGCUUAG